AACAUAUGUAAAUCGCUCACAAAAUUCGAUCCUCUAAUUUGGGCUUAUAUUAUCGCUCAUCUCAGAGUGGAAUUGCCACAUAAUUUUGAAAUCAUAACACAAAAACUUCCAACGACAAGAUUGGUGGGGUCAGGCUCACUACCUUACCUAUCUAACUUACCUUGACUUCCAACAAGGGGAGUAAACAGGUCUCUUGUUUGAUAUGGAUUUGGACCUGUAUAGCUGCUUAGAUACCCGUCUAGCUCUUACCGGGCCCUAGGAGCAGCCCACGGUAUCUGAAAUGGGCUCUAAAUCACAACAACCCUACGAGCUGCCACUUUAUAGUGCAAGCAUCCUUCCAGCCCCAGUCUUACCAGAAAGACUUGCGUGCUCACCUACCCUUGAUCUGCUUGCUGCAGUCGAUCAGGAUAAUGCGCUCUUCAUUCGCCGAGCCAACGGCGAGCAGGUAUCCAAGCCUGCAAAAAGGCCGGGCGAAGAAGUUCUGGCCUUGAGAUGGAAACCCGACGGUCAAUAUGUUGCCGCAGCAUGGAGCGAUGGUACUGUCCGUCUUAUGGGCAUUGAAUCCACCAAGACUCUUCACCAGAUAACUCGUCAUGACGAUGGCCAGUCGAAGAUUGAGUAUCUGGGUUGGUCCCGGAAUUGGACUGGCAAAACUCACUUACGCUCUCGCAAGAACCAUUCUGUUGCUGCGGGAUGGGAUGGAAUGCUUUCUGGAGCCUUUGAUGAUCUCAGUCUGGAGGAGCAAAAGGACGUUGUGGACUUUCCCCGCGAGAUCACUUUCUUGGAGAUUGAGACAUCUUUACCAAAGAUCAGUCCGCUCCCGGUAUCCGGCGGUACAGGUGAUGACACAUUUGUGUUCUCAUCCCGAGCCUCUUUGGAGUUUGUAUUCCGCGAGUUCAAGCCUGAAGAUGCAGACCAGGUUGACGUCAUGAUCAUUGGUAUGGUUGACGGAACCAUGCGACUCACCAUCUACGACACCUUUGAUGUAGGCGUCUUCAAGUACUCAGUCCCCAUAGGAUGCAAACCAUGGGCCACCGCCAACACGCCUCCCCUUCGGCUUCUUUGUCAUGCUGCGCACCCAGCUGUGUCUACUCACUCACUCCUCCUCAGUAAACAGGGCAGCACGACUGUUGACUCAGUCUACCUUGUUCCAAUGGAUCUGCAUUUUGUCUACUCAUCGCCGAUCAACCUGUCCCUACUUGCCUCCAAGGUGACUAUAUUGCAAAAGCUUUUGCGGUAUAUCCACCAGGCCCAGGCGCAUAUGGCUUCCGAGUGGACUUCGACACGAGAGCUACCUUCUAGGUUCCUGGCAAAUGUACAAGAGGAUCUCAGGGAGGCGCCCGAAGGCCCAGUCGAUGUCAUACAGGCCCUGUACCAUACAGUCCUGACUGGACACGCCAGUCCGAUUUUGAAAGAGUGGCUGGUUGAUAGUGUUGCCGAGCGUGGUCACAAACGGUGGGAUAAGGCCGUGACGUCUGGCCUGGAAAACCUUCGUUCAUUGAUCCACGAGAAUAUGCUCCCGGCCCUGGAGCGCUGUGCCAUCAUUCUUGCUCGUCUCCUUGGGAUCGCCCGCUUCCACGAUGGCGGGAGGACCGAAAUUGGAUUUUCUGCAGCCAAGAUCACACGGCUGAUCGAGAUCGUCUCGUGCUUGACGCUCGUGUGCCACAAAGUACUCAACCAUGUCAUGGAUGAGUUUGAGCUUUUCAAAAUCUUCUCCACAUGGCUACGCUUUCAGAUCGACAGGAUGGCAACAACUAGCAUGACUGACGAACUUUCAGAACGAGAAGCCACUAUGGAUAAUGGCAAAGUCCUUCAAUACAUCUCAAAACAUCUCACUAAAAGUCCUGCGGCCAUUUAUUUUGGCGGAAAGGACGAUGUCAAUUUUGGCAAGGAUCAAGAACGCAUCGACGAUGGUGUACCACUACUUGAUCUUCUUGACACACAAAUUCGUCGGGCAGAGGACAACCUGUCACACAUGCAAGCUUUCCCGAGGAUCGACUUUUUAGUAUUAUAUCUGAAGAACAAAGCGCAGAGUGUAUUCGAUGAUAUCGCCGAGGCUGAGAGGAGAAGCGUACGGUUCGGCACACCUACAUCACUGGCAAUAGGUGGGCUGAUUCGCAAACACGAAAUGCAUGUUUGCCCACUUUACCAUCAGAACUCCGUUGAUGGACAGACGUACACCGCCAUGUCCUCCCAAGAGCGACAGAACGAACUGCAUAUAUUCCGUACCAAGAUCGGCAUAAUCAACGGCAUCAGCAGCACAGUCAUCACAGACGUGUACUCCGUAGCCUUGACUGGAGGAAAGCUGGUGGACUUUGGCUUUUUGAACGCAGAUGUGCUUCUAGUGCUAUGGCAUCCUGAUGGAGCACUGCCUUUCUUGCUCCGCGUCUCGCUCAAGUCACCUGGGGGUGGCGUCUACAUCCCCUACAAGGAAGGAACUGCACCUGUUGCCACUGAAAUGAGCGUUGAACACCUUAUGGGGGCCACAUCCAGGCUCGAGGUCUCUGAGCAGGCCCAGAGUAGCAAAUUCACGCCGGUGUGGAUGGAGAUCAAGGCGCCCAGCAAUGUCAGGGGCAAGGUGCCAGCCAGAAUUUGCUUAUUGGGGAGGGACAGGAGUACUUAUAAGGUGUUUGCUCUACCGGACGAGUUCCAUACGGGCUGACACAG